AUGAGUUCAAGUGAUGAUGAAAAUGAAAAAAUUUUUACUCAAAAAUUGCCUUCAAAACGUCGACGGCUUUCUGAUACAGACAAGGAUGACGCUGUUGAUAAUUGUAUUGUUGAAUCAAAUGAAGAAUGGAAAAAUAUUGCUAAUGGGUUUGAAAAAAGAUGGAACAUGCCUUUGUGUAUUGGUUUGAGCGUUGGAUGGAAAAUUGGUUAG